UCGGACAUCGACGGUGUUUGUUUGACAGCUGCAGUGUUUUGGAGAGUGUCACAGUUUUAUCAGAAAUUGUAGUUAUAACGUCUUUUUAACUUAUAUUACUCUUUAAUUUGACUUUUUUGAUAAAUGUGUUAAAAAAAAAAGUUGGAGUUCAGUUUAACGUUAGCACUAGUUUUUACUGCUACAUGAACCAAAGCUGUACGUAUUAACAGAUUAUGGUGGAAAACUCUCCCUCUCCUCUGCCUGAGAGGGCCAUUUAUGGCUUUGUUCUUUUCCUUGGCUCCCAGUUUGGCUUCAUUCUGUAUUGUUUGUGGGCAUUUAUACCAGAGGAGUGGCUUCAUUCAAUAGGACUCACUUACUGGCCUCAAAAAUAUUGGGCCCUCGCUGUGCCGAUUUAUCUGCUUGUUGCAAUAACCAUCAUGGCGGUGUUGCUGUUCGGAGUCAACAUGAACAACACGGCUCCACUCGACUCCGUGGACAACAUCACAGAUGUGUAUGCUCAAGGCCAACGGACAAAAGACUGCCAGAAGGGAGGAAUACCCCGACUGAAAGAUGUUUCCAUUAGCGAAGUCAACAAAAUGUUCUAUUUGUCGCCCAAGCAAUAACAAGCAGAAACUGAUUUUAGCUGGAGGUAUAUGGCAGUAAGCUGCUGCAAGAAAUGCAACGUGGUCAGAAAGAUUUAUUUAAAUUAAUUUACAUUUUCUAUAUUGGACAAAAUAAUUGCCUGUGUUCAUAUUAAUAGUAACGAUAUGUUGAAUGUGAUGUAACACAAUAUCACAAACAACCUAUUGUCAGUUCAACUUGUUCACUGGAUGAAAAAGGGAGUAAUAAUAAAUGACAUUUUUUAUAUAUAUA